UUCCUUUAGAAGCUCUUGUCGACGUCAGCAUUUGUAGCCUCCACUGUCCUCCGAUUCCAUCAAUGGCAUCGAUUCUUCUGCUGGGUUUUGUUGUGAACAAAUUGUUCGAAUCUGAAUUGUGACUGCAGAAGCAAUUUCGGUUCUGUAAUGCCAUAAAUAUGAUUAAGGAGGAUUAUUUCGAGGUCAUUUGCUAGGAAUCUACUGGAAUUGAUGAGUUGAAUCUAACCAAUAGAUAAAGAAAAAUGAGAAGGAAGUGUAGGAUUUGGUGGCCAAAGUACCUUGCUUCAAGUGAACCGUCUUCUAGUCAUUUCUUGUUUGGUUGGUUCGUUUCUUGCUCUUCAGCUUCUAUUGAUGUCGUGGUAGCUUUCGCUUGCAAUGACGUCUCGCUUUUCCGCCGUAAAUCUAGUCUCAAGGAGAUCCUUCGUGACACAAAUGAGAACAUGCCUGUAUUUCUAGAGGAAAAAUCAAUGUUUUCUGUGCUAGGUCGUGGUGCUGCAUACCUCUCUGGUAAUGGAAAAGUAUUGAAGGUUGGACUGGAAGAAGAUGAUUGGAGAAAGCCCUCCAACAAUAGCAUUUUAUCAACAACAAACAGGCAGGAUGUAUUCAUAGAAAAUUAUGGAGGAAGGAGCUGCACGUGCCAUCAACUUGAUGAAUUAGUUGAACAAAGUUGGGAAGCUUCUGCAGAAGGUAGCCGCUGGAUCCAGCUGGUAUAUGAUUCAUGUGAUCAAUAUGGUAGAGAUAUUCGUUGGCUUCCCAAAUUGCAUCACAUUCACUGGAAUGGGCAAAUAGUACCUCAAUUCAAUGUCCACGUGAUAGUUUAUGAAACUCCCUUGUAUGGUAUGCAUCAUUUCUCACUAAGUUCUUGGAUUCCUUCUGAGCAAGCUAAAGUUCUGCCGAAGAAACCCAAGUGGGCUGACGAACUUGACAGGAGCCAGCCUCUAUUUGACUUGGAUACAGUAAUUUUGGCAAUCAAUAGUGCUGCUGCUGCUAAAACAGUGAUUGAGAAACACGUGAACCCUAAGGGAUCUUAUACCGGUUUUACCAUCAUCCAUGUGUGUCUCGCUUUCAUGUGGCAUGUAUUGGCUAUUUCUGUGGCAUCAAUUUCCACUCUGUUCUAUAUCACUAUUCAGUUAUUCUAUAGGUUUUCAAGUUUUGGAUCAAAAACAAUUAUGUAUAUCACAUUAGCAAGGACAUUCUGCACUACGUGGACAAAUAUCCGAAUCCGUGUUUGUCAGAUCUUAUAUUGGCCUAUUUUUCUUCAACACAAUGGCCUUAGGUUCCAGUCAUGCGUGGAAUAUGCAGAGAAAGCUGCAUUACUUAGGCAUUCUAUGUGGUCAAGUUUUUUUGUUGAUCUGCUUUUUGGAAACUUGAUUGGCCUGCUGCUGUUAUCUAAUGCUGACUCUGCUUGCUUAUGGGUUUCAACCUUUGCCAAUGACAUUACGAAUGAAUUGUUACGUUCAGGUUGUGUGUGGUUGAUGGGAGUACCAGCUGGUUUCAAGUUGAAUACAGAGCUGGCAGGAGUUCUUGGCUUGAUUUCUCUUAAUGCAAUACAAAUUUGGUCUACCCUCUGGAUCUUUAUUGGUUUCCUUUUAAUUUAUUUCAUCAAAGGACUUGCUCUAUUGGGAAUUCUUUUUGGGGCUACUAUUCUUGCUGCUUUGGUCAUAGACAUGGUUGCAUUGGCAACGUUGCAUGUGUCAUCACUUCACUGUGCAAUCUCACUCUUGUAUUCAUGGCAGAUUCAGACAUUAGCUGCUCUGUGGCGUCUUUUCAGGGGUCGAAAGUGGAAUCCUCUUCGUCAGAGAUUAGAUAGCUAUAACUACACCGUAAAGCAGCAUGUUGUUGGAUCCCUUCUGUUUACACCACUUUUACUAUUGUUACCAACAACUUCUGCUUUCUACAUUUUCUUCACCAUUUUGAACACAGCCAUCACCUUCAUUCGUGUGUUGAUUGAAGUUGUUAUAUCAGUGAUCCAUGGUACACCUUAUAUUAAAAUUUUCCUUAGGUUGGCAAGGCAGAGAAGAUUUCCCUCUGGGAUAUGGUUUGAAAUUGUAUCUUGUAAUGGUGGUUAUCAGGAGUUUUCAUGUCUUCAUGAAGUCAGUUCAUCAUCUGAAAAUUCACGGCAAAAGGAUGCAGGAGAAGAGAGAUCUGGUAUUCUGGUCUCAAUACUCCACAGUAACUUCUUGAGCAUAGGACAAGUAGUCUUGCCUCACUACAAGAAGGUUUUCUCUGGGGUUUCUGGUUUUGCCACCACAUCAGCUUAUGGAGCUCUUACCGGUAAAAGAACUGCAUCCACCUUGGGGACUGGCCUGCCUUCAACAAUGCCAUGGAUGGUUAUCCCUGGCAAAGAGUAUUGGUGCCUCUGCUACAAUGCAAUUCUUGCAUGCAUGGCAGAACGCGACUAACAUUCAUGUCAUUGAUUUAAUUCUUCCGAACUCCUCAUUUUUUUUCUUUUUAUUAUAUUUUUUUAUUGCAUCGAAAUGUUCUGCAGACCUACUCCUCUCAUCUUUUAGAAUCUUAGAUGAGCUUUGAUGGGCUUUUAUUAGGAUAUGCAGACGUUUUGAGACUGUAAACAUCUUAGCUUUAGUCUAUUUGAUUGUUGCUUGUUCCUGCCAAAAUGUUCUAGUAGCAAAACAUAAUCUACUCCCCCCCUCAUUUGAUCU